UUCCAUCAGUCACUGCAAUUUCAAUUCUUCUUCCAACAACUAUUUUGUCCAUUCCACAAAUUCUUCACAUUGCGCUCAUAUCGCGCUUACAGCUCAAACAUCCGCAAUUCAGUACCCAAUAAUAGCACCUGCAUUUGCACCUAUCAGAAGCGGCGGUUUCUGCUAUCAUUCCACUACGUCGGCCUCCGGCGCCUGCCACCAUGAGCGCAAUCCUAUCUGCAGAUGACCUGAACGAUUUCAUUUCUCCCGGUGUCGCAUGUAUCAAACCGGUUGAGACACUUCCGAAGAAAGAGGAGUCAAGUUCAGAUAAUCCUUACGAAGUGACCAAAGAAGACAAAGUCCAGCCUGAGAAUCUACCCCCGGCGCAGAUCUCUUUAACCGAUUGUCUCGCCUGUUCAGGGUGUGUGACUUCCGCCGAAGCAGUGCUUAUCUCGCUGCAGUCGCAUGCAGAAGUCCUCAACACCCUCGACACAUACCCUGAACUAUCCUUGAGUGGCGAUGAUGUUCACGAUGACGAGAGUCGGAUAUUCGUCGCUAGUGUCAGCCCGCAAGUCAGAGCCAGUCUGGCCGCGACCUACGGUAUAACAGAGAAGGAUGCGAACAAUAUUAUUCACCAGUUUCUGAGCGGCCCUCAAGGUUUACGGGCUGGAGGAGCGAAGAACAGCGGGUUCUCCUGGGUGGUUGACACCAAUGUCAUGAGGGAGGCGGUCCUGACUCUCACUGCAGAUGAGAUCAGCGAGUCUCUGGUCGCCACUGCAGACAGCGCUGGUUCGUCAUUACCGAAACGCCCAAUUCUGUCCUCCGCAUGCCCUGGGUGGAUCUGUUAUGCCGAGAAGACACAUCCGUUCAUCCUUCCCCAUCUGUCCCGCCUUAAGUCUCCUCAAGCACUCACCGGAACUUUUCUAAAGACGGUGCUUAGCAAGGCUUUGGGAAUCCCUACUUCGCGCAUCUGGCAUUUGGCCAUCAUGCCUUGCUUCGACAAGAAGCUUGAAGCUAGCAGGGAAGAGCUCACGGACGCAGCAUGGUCCCCAUCGCCUUCAGAUUCUACCACGCCUAUUCGCGACGUCGAUUGCGUCAUCACCACGCGCGAGCUUCUUUCAUUAGCAUCCUCCAGAGGCAUAUCGCUGCCUGAUCUGCCUUCAAAGCCUUUUACGCAGCCACAAUUCCCGGACCCAGUCCUGAAUGACUUCCUAUUUUCCAGGAAAGGUUCAGAACAAAACGCUACAACCGGUACUUCUGGAGGCUACCUCUACCACGUCCUCAAAGCUUUCCAAUCGCGAAACCCAGGCAGCGAGAUUGAAAUACAAAGGGGAAGGAAUGCAGAUGUCGUGGAAUACUUCCUCAUGUCGCCCGAAAAACAGCCCAUCAUGAAAGCUGCUCGUUAUUAUGGCUUCAGAAACAUCCAGAACCUUGUUCGCAAGCUCAAACCAGCACGGGUGUCACGACUUCCUGGUGUGAAGGCAGCGAAUGGCGCCAUGGGAGGCGCAAGACGGCAGCCGAUGGCACGCAAUGCCGCUUCAGGGGGAUCUGGCUCGGACUACACAUACGUGGAAGUCAUGGCCUGUCCUGGGGGUUGUACUAAUGGUGGCGGACAAAUUCGCAUUGAGGAUGCUCGCGAGGCCACUUCUAGCACGCCGAAUGAGGAAGUCGCUACGUCGAAGCCCUCGCCGCAUGAGCAGCGCGCAUGGCUUGCGCGAGUGGAUGAGGCAUAUUACUCUGCAGAGUCGGAUUCAGAGAGUGAAGUCAAUUCUCAGUCGCAGCCCCUGUCUCUCCAGGAACAAGAAGCCAGGGUUCACAAUGCCUUGACUCAUUGGUCAACAUUCAUGGGGGUGCCUCUUUCGAAGCUGGCAUAUACUACCUACCGUGAGGUUGAGAGCGACGUGGGCAAGCCUCAAGGCCCGCCAGAUGCCACCCGUGUUGUGGAAUUGGCCGGAAAGAUUGGUGGCGGCUGGUGAUUUGUUCCUUUAUCUGACGAUAUAUACCCCGUG